AUGGAAAAUGGAGGAAAUACUUUGGAGGCGAAAAUCGAGAUGCUUCUGAACGUCGAGAAGCAGAUGAGGCAGGUGGGUGACGUUGCAGGCACUCGGAAGGCCGUCAUCGAUAUUCUGAAGCUAUGCAUCGAGGCCGGCGCGUGGAAGACACUUAACGAACAGAUUGUGCUCAUCUCCAAGCGGCGUGGCCAGUUGAAACAGGCUGUACAAUCCAUGGUUCAACAAGCAAUGCUUUACAUUGAUCAAACUCCAGAUCUUGAUACUAAAAUAGAGCUUAUCAAAACACUUAACAACGUGUCAGCUGGAAAGAUCUAUGUGGAGAUUGAGAGGGCUCGUCUGGUUAGGAAACUUGCAAAGAUUAAGGAAGAACAAGAUCAAAUAGCAGAGGCUGCUGAGUUGAUGCAAGAGAUUGCGGUGGAAACAUUUGGCGCCAUGGCAAAAACUGAGAAAAUAGCAUUCAUACUUGAGCAAGUCCGGUUGUGUUUAGAUCGGCAGGACUAUGUCCGUGCACAAAUACUCUCAAGAAAAAUUAGUCCUAGAGUGUUUGAAGCCGAUGCAUCGAAAGAAAAAAAGAAGCCUAAAGAAGGGGAAAGCAUUGUUGAAGAACCUGCUGCUGAUAUUCCUUCACUGUUGGAGUUGAAAAAGAUCUACUACCAGUUAAUGAUUCGGUACUACUCACAUAACAAUGAUUACCUUGAAAUAUGCCGUUGUUACAAGUCAAUAUAUGAGAUUCCCUCUGUGAAAGAAGACCCUGACCAGUGGAUACCGGUGUUGAGAAAAAUAUGUUGGUAUCUGGCCUUGUCCCCUCAUGAUCCUAUGCAGUCUAGCCUUCUUAAUUCAACCUUGGAGGAUAAGAACCUCUCAGAAAUUUCUCAUUUCAGGUCACUGUUGAAACAACUAGUUACUAUGGAGGUUAUUCAGUGGACAUCUCUAUGGGGCACAUUCAAAGAUGAGUUUGAGAGUGAAAAGAACAUGGUUGGUGGUUCUUUAGGUGAAAAGGCAGCUGAAGAUCUGAAACUCAGAGUAAUAGAACAUAAUAUCCUUGUUGUCUCAAAAUACUAUUCACGGAUUACCUUGAAGAGACUUGCUGAUCUGCUAUGCCUUACAGUCCAGGAAGCAGAAAAGCAUCUCUCGGAUAUGGUUGUCUCAAAAGCAUUGGUGGCGAAGAUCGAUAGGCCCGUGGGGGUGAUCAAUUUCCAAUCGGCCAAGGACAGCAAUGAUAUUUUAAAUUCAUGGGCGAUGAACUUGGAGAAGCUUCUCGAUCUAGUAGAGAAGAGUUGCCACCAAAUCCACAAGGAGACAAUGGUCCACAAAGCCGUGCUUAGAGUUUGA